GUGAGUAUCAGGAAGUAGACAGACUUCAGUGAGAUUUGUUAUAUCGCCAGAAUAAGUACAGUAGAGGCGAAAAGACCCGAUAAAACACACAAACAGACACAGCAGAGUUUAAAGAAAGCCGCGAAAGACGCUGAAGAAGAAGUUUAAGGCAAGGAGGCCAUGAAUCGAGUUCCCCUGCAGCAACCACAGACCUGCGGGCCAUGGGAGCUGAAGGAGAGACUUGGCACCGGAGGCUUCGGGAAUGUCACAAGAUGGCAGAAUAAGGACACGGAGGAGCAGAUUGCUUUAAAGCAGUGCCGUCAGGAGCUGAGCGAAAGAAACAAAGAGCGCUGGUGUCUAGAGAUACAGAUCAUGAGGAGGUUGGAUCACGUUAACGUGGUCGCUGCACGGGAGGUUCCUCAGGGGAUGCAGAAACUCGUGGCCACCAAUGACCUGCCGCUGCUCGCUAUGGAGUAUUGUCAGGGGGGAGAUUUAAGAAAGUAUCUGAACGUUCUGGAGAACUGCUGUGGAAUGAGGGAGGGAUCCAUUCUGAUUCUCUUAAGAGACAUUUCUUCGGCUCUAACCUACCUCCACAGUAAGAGGAUCAUCCACAGAGACCUGAAACCAGAAAACAUCGUUCUACAACAGGGAGAGAAGAGGCUCAUCCAUAAAAUAAUUGAUCUCGGCUAUGCCAAGGAGCUGGACCAGAGCAGCCUCUGCACAUCGUUUGUGGGAACACUACAGUAUUUGGCUCCAGAGCUUAUAGAGAGGCAGAGGUACACGGUCUCUGUGGAUUACUGGAGCUUUGGCACAUUGGUGUUUGAGUGCAUCACUGGAUUUCGACCAUUCUUACCAACCUGGCAGCCUGUUCCCUGGCACAACAAAGUCAGGCUGAAGCACGACGACGACAUUGUUGUUUAUGAAGGCCUCACUGGGGAUCUCCGCUUUUCCAAGCAUCUACCUCAGCCCAAUAACCUCAACAGUCUGUUGUCUGAGAGGCUGGAGAAGUGGCUCCAGCUGAUGUUAAAGUGGUCGCCGAAAGAGAGAGGCAAAGACCCCAACGCUACACCCAGCGACUGCUUCCUCCAGCUGGAGACGAUACUGCAGCUCAAGCUGGUUCAUGUCCUGAACAUGAUGUCUGCUAAAAUCCUGAUAUACGCCAUCUCGGAUGACGAGACUGUGGCCAACCUGCAGCUAAGAAUUGAAAAAGACACCAACAUCCCUGCAGCCAAUCAGGAGCUGCUGCUCGAAGCAGGGCUGGUGUUGGAGCCGAAUGCUCUGGCCUCCCAGUGCGCCAUAGAUUACAUGGAGGUAGAUGGACGGCGGACAGACUAUCCUCUUGUUUUCCUAUUUGAUUGCUCAUCUUGCACUUAUGAACCCCAGUUUAGUCCUCGUAUCCUCCCUGAAAAUGUCCACUUCAUCCAAAACGACUCCAAGUAUGUUCUUCAAUACAGCCAGUUGAGGAGGACUUGUGGCCAGGUAUGGCACACCAUUCGCUCUCUGAAGGAAGACUGGCAACGACUGCAGCAAGGCCAGAAAGCUGCCAUCAUGAGCCUCCUGCGACACAACUCCACUUUGUCCAAACAGAAGAUCGAGAUGGUUUCCAUGUACCAGAGACUGACAGCCAAGCUGGAUUUCUUCAACACCAGCCUUCACAUAGACAUGGACAAGUACCAGGAGCAGACAGCCACAGGAAUUGCAUCAGAUAAACUUCUGAGUGUGUGGAGGGAAAUGGAGCAAACUGCCAUGAGCUGUGGUCAGGCCCAGGUGACCGAACUGGAAGAGGAGAUGAUGAAGCUGCAGCCAGACAUCGUGGACGUGCAGAGGCAGCCAUGGAGGAGCGGAGAAACUCUGGACACGCUGGAAGUAAAAGCCAUGGAGCUGUUCCGCAAACUCAGAGAAAAACCUAGAGACCAGAGGAUGCCAGGAGAUGGCAUGGAGGCGGCGCGUCUGGUGGUUCAGGCAGUGCAGUUCUACGAGAAGAAACUCAGAGAUUUCUACACAGUCCUGAGUAAAACUGCAACGUGUCGUCAUCGUGUGAUGGAGCUGCUGCCGAAGGUGGAGGAAGUAGUCCAGAAGUUGGCUGAGAGCGAACUGAUCCUGAUGGGUCUGCAGGAGAGACGACAGAGGGAGCUGUGGAACCUGCUCAAAAUUGCCUGUAGCAAAGUUCGAAGCCCUGUGAGCGGAAGUCCUGAUGGACUCCGAACCCCUUCAUCAGUGCCUCCUUUGUUGACGCCCAGACACAGUUUACAGCAAAUGGAUGAGUCUCUAGUAGAGGAGAGCAGGACAUUCGAGAGUCGUUUUCAGAGUUUGCUGCAAGAAACCAUCCAAGAGUCAGAGAGCGGCAUGGAGAUGCUGAAGGAAUGGACAUGGCUGCGAGAAGACCAGAAUUUGUCCAACUUGACCUCUCCUGAAUGUGAUUUUGCUUAAAUGUGACUCUCCGCUGCCUCCUUGUGGAUGGCAUUGGGAACAACAGGAGGAUGUACAACCAUCGGUCCUUGACUGUGAACAGAGUAUACCUUGUUGGCAAAUAUUUUCCUUUCUUAUAUUCCAUCUGGUUGUUGCCUGGGUGUUUCAGGAAUAUGGGACCUAAUUAACAUUCUAGAGUUCAGUAUUUCACUUUUUGUAAAAUAAUUGUGCUUCUUUACCAUUUUUAAAUAUUCUGGGUAGAUUGAUUUCUUUAAAACAGGAUCUUUCACAGCAUUCAAGAUCUAAAAAGACUUAAUGACCAAAAGAUAGCUCAUUUUAUCCUCAAUUUUAUACAUAGUAAAGAUUAAUGUAAAUAGUUUUAUGCCAAAAUGUAAGGAGAAGCUUUUGGACUUAUGUAUUUCAACAUUUUUGCUGGAUUUUUCCAUUUUAUGUACAUUGAUACAAAUCUAAUCCACCCUAUGGUGUGUCUUCUGACCAUUAUUUUUUCAACAGAAGCUUCAUUUUUAAUCCACAGUAUGUUACUGUAUAGAAGGAAACAUUAUGGAUUAAUAUGCCCAAUGUACCGUUAGCCUGGUAAACAUCUUCCCACAGAAACUAUUUGUUAUUUCAGGUGUUUACUUGAAGAAAUAAAAAUCUACUUUUGUACUUGUGUUGAACCAACUCUCAGCUACUUUUUUGAAAGAAAAUUGUUGGUAGCAGUUCUUUAAAAUGUGUUUCAGUUUUACAUGGAAACGACAUAAAAAAUCAAAUGCUGACCUAUUUUAAAUUUGAAUAAAAUGUUUAUAUAUUAUUAA